UUCUCGCCGCGCGCCGCAGACAUGGUGUUCAGGCGCUUCGUGGAGGUUGGCCGGGUGGCCUACGUCUCCUUCGGACCCCACGCCAGGAAGCUGGUCGCGAUCGUUGACGUCAUCGACCAGAACAGGGCGCUGGUAGAUGGACCCUGCACUCGCGUGAGGCGGCAGGCCAUGCCUUUCAAGUGCAUGCAGCUCACCGACUUCAUUCUCAAGUUUCCACACAGUGCCCGCCAGAGGUAUGUCCGACAAGCCUGGGAGAAAGCUGAUAUCAAGAAAUGGGCAGCCACCAGAUGGGCCAAGAAGAUCGAAGCCCAAGAGAGAAAAGCCAAGAUAACAGAUUUUGACCGUUACAAAGUCAUGAAAGCAAAGAAAAUGAGGAACAGGAUAAUCAAGAAUGAAGUGAAGAAGCUGCAGAGGGCAGCUAUCAUAAAAGCUUCUCCCAAAAAGGCACCUGUUGCAAAGGCUGCAGUUGCUGCUGCUGCAGCUGCAGCUGCUGCUGCUAAAGCUAAGGUUCCAGCCAAGAAGCUGACCGCUGCUGGCAAAAAGGCAUCUGGUCAGAAGGCUGCUGGUGAGAAGGCCUCUGGCGAGAAGGCUGCGCCUGUCCCAAAAGCUCAGAAGGGUCAGAAGGCUCCAGCACCAAAGGCAUCAGCUCCAAAGGCAUCAGCUCCAAAAGCAUCGGGCAAGAAAGCUUGAGGCUGUUAAAAGGGAAUAAAGGCUUUUUUUGACAUUGGCAAA